AUGCCAUGGAUCAAAGUCAAGCUCGACAAGCAAUCCGCCUCUACACCAACGCGWGUAUAUGAGCCGAAGAAGGCGUUGCCAAAAGGGACGUGGACCUUCACACUUGAGACGCAGACAACAAAGGCCCUAGGUGCACGGGAUGAACUGAAUGAAUAUGUUCAAACGAUUCGAGGGAGCAUCAUCGCAGAGCAAGGCCGACCUACGUUCAUCGUAAAGGAAGUUGGUCAACUUGAGCUUGACAUUGUUCAGAUCAAACGCAUUCGGGAUGCUGGGCUGUCUCUCUCCGAGAUAWGUAGCGAUCACUCACCGCAGGUAUUGCACAUGUACGAGGCCCUUUACGAUAAUUACGCAGGAUGGCGGGUAGCAAACUCUGAGGAGUUUGACAUUGGGAGUGGCAGCAUCUGUCUAAUACACUCGGUCCGGCUUGACAAAUCAUGGCGUGGGAAUGGGAUCGGCUUGCUGGCGAUUGAAGGUCUCCUCCGUUCUCACGUUGAGCCGAAUCAUGACGUCGCGGUGUUGAGAGCCCGUGCGUCAGAAGAGGCUGGAGGGAUUCUAUCAAAGACUGUCAUGGAACAACUUGCGAGCCAUUGGUCGUUGUUGGGAUUUGAGCCUUGCGCUACCAGGAUGGACGAUGAAGGUGCGAUUGAGGAUAUGUACUUGAGCUUGUCCGCGCUCAAAGAUGGGAGACUCAUGCAGGCCGUUCCUCAUCUGUUCCCACGAAAGCGGCAAUACGAGAAGAGUAGUAUGACUUGGGAGGACAGCGGUCGAAGCAUGCCAGUCGUUGAGCCGGCUUUGUGA